AUGCCCCACCCCACCAGUUUUCUCUUUUGCCUGCUUCCGUUCCUCCUAGGACAGUCAUGCUUCGCCCGCGAGAUGCCUUCAGUUGAGCAACGAGAUCUCGUCCCCGAUGAGAAGAUACUCUCUUCCAUCUUCUCGGGCGCUCCUGGCGUCACGCUGACAAACUGCAACAUUUUCUCAAACACAUUCGACACUUGCACGUUUAGCAUCCAUCUCGACGUCGCGCCUUUUUCCAGCUAUCCUAAAGAUCUCCUCGUCCGCCUAGAAACAUCGGGAAGUCGCUUGGCCGUCGUCGCAUCUCUCCAGCGACUAGGGUACGCUCAACUACCCGAUCUCGUUCCGCUAGUACUUGAUGUCGGCACCACAACAACCGCGGAUGGGAGACAGGUCGAGUACUCCGUGUCGGCGUAUUGUACGGGAACAAUUACGCUCGAGGACAUCUGGGACAGAAUCAGCCCAACCCACCAGCUGGAGCUAGUGGAUUCGGUUGUUCAUGCAGUGGAGAAUCUUCAGAAACUGGACCGAAAUAGCGAGGACGUUAGAUGCCGAAUGAGUACCCCCUGCCGUUUAGACAACGACGAUUCGAUCGGUGGACCACACCUUGGAUAUUUUCCGGACGUCAAGCAGUUCUUAGGCCGAAUCCUUCAAGCGAGUAAUCCAAGGCCACCUAAUUGCACGCUUUCGGAGACCGAUGAAGGCAUCAUGCUCGUGUCAGCAUUUGAAGAGAUAGGCCGGGUUGGAUUUACUCACGCGGACCUUGAUGAUCUCCGGUAUCAUGCCGUCUUUUGCCACAACGACCUCGAGCCCCGCAACAUCCUCGUCAGGGAAACAUCGCCGACCGAGGACAAAAGCCCGCGUUACGAGCUGGCUGCUAUCAUCGACUGGGAAAUGGCUGGGUUCUAUCCGUUUGCCUACGAGUAUGGAGUCAAGGAUACCGUCCUCGGUUCUUCGAACCUGUCCUUCAGCUGGUAUUCGUUAUUCAAGGAGCGGACGUCAUAUAUGUUGCCGCGAGCAGAGUGCCACACAAAGCUGAUAAAGGCGCUCAGGAUUAUCGACGAGUCCAAGAAGAGAAGUAUGACGCGAAACGUCGGCAUCCGGGUUCAGGCUAAGUGGGUGGAGAGGCAAAACGUUGAAAGAUCUUCAGAACUUCGUCAAGGCUGGGUUCUCAAAGCUGGGACUAAAGUUCCCGGGCCAUUCACCAAGGAUGACCAAGCGAAUCUCGAGAUCGAGGUUCUGAGGGAACUGGGCUAUGUGUAGAUUGGAUGAUACUUGAACAAAUAUCCUGCUCCUGUUAUAUAAGCGGAUUCUCGGAGGAAGGGAUGCCUGUUCAUACUUCCGCCGGUACCUGUGAACUUGGCCUCUAAGAACUGCGUGUAAAUAUGCUACAGCGCCAGCAGCGCAGCCCCAAAACGACAAAUAGCGCUGACCGUGCUAGGAGUUGAUACGUAGAUGUCUACGAAGCCAAAAUAUUGAGAGACGAGGGAG